GCCGGAAGUGUGAUGUGGCCGCGAGCGGGUCGCCAUGUCUGCCAUCUUCAACUUUCAGAGUCUACUGACUGUAAUCUUGCUGCUCAUAUGUACCUGUGCCUACAUCAGAUCCUUGGCUCCCAGCUUACUGGACAGUAAUAAAACUGGACUAUUGGGAAUAUUCUGGAAAUGCGCCAGGAUUGGUGAACGGAAGAGCCCCUACGUGGCUGUGUGCUGUGUCAUGAUGGCCUUCAGCAUUCUGUUUGUAUAAUAGCAACUGGAGAGUGUCACCUACACCCUACUACCAAACAGCAAAGCAUGGAAGAAUUUCUGGCAGGAAAAGAUGAGGAAGUGUCAUCAAGUCUCCUCUUGCAUGUUGGCUAGCCUGUAUCUUAGUGGACACCCCCGCUCCUGCAAUUGGACCAUCGUGUACAGUAUUAGUGAUCAUAAUGUAAUUAACUCCACAUGACAUGUACUUAUUAAUGUCAAUUCAGUACUGACACUCCUUGUGUAACUCUUGAAAGGGUGUCUGUUGUAUAUCUGAGAUUCAGGGGAGCUUUUUUUACACCAUGCUGUUGAAAAGGCUUUUAAUUUUUUGUUUGAUAGACCUAUUUAAUGAAACUUAAAAAUUAUAAAUCUAGCAAUAGCAGUAAGACCACUCUUACAAGAAUAAAGAACGUUGUGACUCUAGGAUAUUAUUACAAAAGUAUUUUCAGUUCUUACUGUCUGAACAAUUCCUGUCAUUUUGUGAUAGCUAUACUCGCAAACUAAAAAUAUAAACUCUGGCCUAAGUUACAUUCA